GGGCCCUGGGGCGGCUGGCUGUUGCGGCUGCUGUCGGGGCGCUUUUCGCUGAAGUCGUCGAAGCUCUGGCGGUUGGCGUCGUGCUCUACGUAGCUGUUGGCGCGGGACGAGCGGCGCUUGAAGAACAUGGCGGGGAGGAAGAGGCGCAAGGCCGUCAACGAGCGUAUCAAUCAAUAUAGGGCGACGGCGAGCAGGCCCAAUUUCGGUUCCCGUAUAGAGCGGGAGCGCGCUUCCAAGAAUCCGCGCAGAGCUGUGGCUGGGCUCUUAUCAGGGGGCUGGGUAGUCGACGGGUACCUAGUCAAUAGGAGCAACAGCCGCCAGACCUGGUUGCGCGGGCGAUCAGGUAGCACCAACGAGGACCGUGCGAACGAGAACAGAACGAGAACGAAGACUGUGCAGGAAAUCGUCGUUGUAGUCGUAGCGAGUAUCUGCAGUAACAGCGUGCUCGAAGAAUAAUUGCUGCAAUAGAUAGUGCAUGUGUGUGUGUGUGUGUGUGUGUCCCUCUGUCGCCAAAAGCUGGCUGCGCUGCCACAACCGUGGUUCAGGCCCAGUCAACGCCCCGCUAGCUCCCUUGCACCAGCCUCCCGCAACGCGCACCCCACCAA